AUGGUACGAGUCAGAGACACAGUAAAUUGGAUAGCAACUCCCAAGGGUUUCAAGAAAUUCUUUGAUUCUGACGAUGCAAAGACUCCGGAGAAGGAGAAGACGGAUGGAGCAGCAAAACCUUCAGGAACGAUAUUAAUAAAUUAUCUUUUCAGCCCUGGUAGUUGGCAGCAAGUGGCAGUUAGUAUUGGUGUUAUUGUAGCUAUUUAUUUAUUCAUAGAAUAUCAGUCGUACAGAGAGAUAUCAUGGAAAGAAUUCUUUCAUGAAUUCCUUGAACCCGGAAUUGUGGAUCGCUUAGAAGUUGUAGAUAAGAGAUGGGUCCGUAUAGUUUCAUCAGCGAAGACGGGUCAAACAUGUUAUUUCAAUAUCGGAAGCGUAGAUAGUUUCGAACGAAGUUUGGCAGCUGCCCAAAUGCAUUUGGGAUAUGAUGCCGAUCGGCAAAUACCCGUUCUUUACAAAUCCGAAUUUGAUUUCAAAAGAGAAAUUCCAAAUAUUAUAAGCAUAGCCUUUCCACUACUAUUUGGUUACUAUAUCUAUCGCAUGUUGAAAGGAGGUGGAGCGGCUGGAGGUGCUGGCCGAGCAGGCGGCGGUGGAGGAUUAGGAGGCAUGUUCGGUGGCUUCGGCCAAAGUACUGCGCGAAUUAUUAACAAAGAGGACAUCAAGGUGGCAUUUAAAGACGUUGCUGGCUGUGAAGAAGCAAAGAUAGAGAUCAUGGAGUUCGUGAAUUUCCUUAAAAAUCCGCAGCAAUACAAAGAUCUCGGUGCCAAAAUUCCGAAGGGUGCAAUUUUAACCGGACCGCCUGGUACUGGUAAAACAUUGCUUGCGAAAGCUACUGCAGGGGAGGCUAAUGUGCCUUUCAUCACUGUUUCGGGCUCAGAAUUUCUCGAGAUGUUCGUCGGUGUUGGCCCUGCACGAGUACGUGACAUGUUUGCAAUGGCCAGGAAGAACAGCCCAUGUAUUCUUUUCAUCGAUGAAAUUGAUGCCGUUGGUCGAAAGAGAGGCGGAAAGGGUGGAAUGGGAGGGCAUUCUGAGCAAGAGAAUACUUUGAAUCAACUCCUUGUUGAGAUGGAUGGUUUUUCUACGGAGGAGUCUUCCGUGAUUGUCAUAGCUGCCACCAACCGAGUCGACAUUCUCGACUCCGCUUUGUUGCGUCCUGGUCGCUUUGAUAGGCAAAUUUAUGUUCCUGUACCUGACAUAAAGGGACGAGCCUCUAUAUUCCGAGUUCAUCUUCAACCCCUCAAAACAUCACUGGAUAAAGUCCAGCUGUCACGUAAACUUGCUGCUCAUACUCCGGGUUUUUCUGGUGCCGAUAUAUCUAAUGUUUGUAACGAAGCGGCCUUAAUUGCUGCCAGAGACGCCUCAGAAGAGAUUAGUCAGAAGAAUUUCGAGCAAGCAAUUGAGAGGGUCGUUGCUGGUAUGGAAAAGAAGAGUCAGGUGUUACAACCGGAAGAGAAACGAACUGUCGCCUAUCACGAAGCAGGUCAUGCUAUUGCGGGAUGGUUCCUUGAACAUGCCGAUCCUUUACUUAAAGUUUCCAUAAUACCGCGUGGUAAAGGACUUGGAUAUGCUCAGUACCUUCCUAAAGAGCAGUAUUUAUACUCAAAAGAGCAACUUCUUGACAGGAUGUGUAUGACACUUGGAGGUCGUGUAUCUGAGGAAAUCUUUUUUGGACGUAUUACUACAGGAGCACAAGAUGAUUUGCAAAAGGUUACGCAGAUGGCAUACGCUCAGGUAGUAGCUUUUCAAUGCUCGUCUCGUAUUUUUUUUUAUUCUUUAAUUUUGUCUGUCAGCUUUUCAACCAUUCAACAUUUACUCAGUAUAAUUUUUCCACGUCAAGAUCAAACGGCCUUUCGUUGCUUUCUCCCCCGCGUUCUUCAAUGGGGUGGUUUCGCAUAG